UGGAUUCCUCUUUCAUUAUUUCGAAACCCUUUUAAGAUCUGCAAACUUUUCUUAACGAUUGUACUUCACGACUUAUAGACGAUAACCGUCCGCACCAGUUCAUCGCCUCGAGUGUUUUUUUUUAAUCUUCAUUUUUUUAACUUUUCCUCAUUCUUCAAAGGACGACGCCCACUUUACUGCUUAGCAUUCAAAUUGAAAGAGGGGGCGGCUCUGAUUGCAGCGGGCAGCGCGGAACAGGUAAGUGACAGAGCCGUUGGGCAAUGGUCAAGCAGUUUUGCGCAGUAACUUUACAUUUUGGGGAACUACUGUAGAGACUACCUUCACCAUGGCAGAGCUAACACAAAUUCUGGACAGCCCGCAGUUCAAGGCAUUUGCAUCUUACACCACCAUUGUGUUACUGAAGAUGUUGCUUAUGGGCCCCCUUACCGGCUAUUUUAGGCUAACUAGGAAGGUGUUCUGUAAUCCUGAAGAUGUAUCCAGCAUCUUGGGUGUUUCAGGAAAAACAAAAGAGGAAAAAAAGAAAUAUAUUCGAAAUGAUCCUGAUGUUGAACGAGUACGAAGGUGCCACCAGAAUGAUCUAGAGAACAUUGUCCCAUUUGUUGGGAUUGGUUUGCUAUACAUACUGACAGGACCUGACCUUAGUAUGGCUCUGCUUCAUUUCCGCAUCUUUGUGAUAUCCAGAUUUUUUCACACUGUUGCAUAUCUGGUUCCCUUACCACAGCCUUCUCGUGCAUUUUCUUGGGUGGCUGGUGUAGGUAUAAAUGUUUCUAUGGCAUACCAUAUUCUAAGCAAAGGGUGUAUCUUGUAAGAAAAAAAAAAAAGUGUUUUUCAUAUUUUUUCAGCAAGUCUGACAAGGAUAAAA